AUGAGGCUCACAGCGGACCUCAUCCAUAAUUCCCUGUCCUACUUAAACCCUCUCAAAGAGCGUGAACUCGACCUCCGAGGUCAUAAAAUCCCCACCAUCGAGAACUUGGGCGUUGCAGGCCCGCAAGAUGCAAUCGACUUUACCGACAACGACAUCACCACCAUCUCCAAUUUUCCCCUGUCUCCCAGAUUGAAUACCCUGCUCUGUGCGCGAAAUCGAAUACAAAACGUGGACAAGAGAAUAGCGGAACAAAUACCCAAUCUGACAACCCUCGUCUUGACGUCAAAUCAUGUCAAGGAGCUCGCUGAUCUGGAGGGCUUGGCCGGCUGUGGAGCGUUGACCCAUUUGAGUUUAUUGGAGAAUCCGGUCACCAAGAAAGAGCAUUACAGACUUUACCUUAUCUGGGCGAUUCCCUCGCUGCGAUUCCUCGACUUCCAGAAGGUGCGGCAAGCGGAACGUGAGAGGGCCAACGAGCUAUUUGGCACCGCGGAAGCGCCCACCGAACUGGCUACGAAGAUCAAGGGACUCAAGAGUCGGACCUUUGACGUUUCGACAACCGGGGUCAACGGCAAGGCCGCAGCUACUCAAAAGGGGGUCCGCACACGGUUGACCGAGUCAGAGAAGAAGAGAGUGGAAAUGAUGAUCCAGAAUGCCAAAAGUUUUCAGGAGAUUGAAAGAAUCGAGAGAGAUCUCGCGGAGGGCAGGAUACCUGCUGGCGCGGCGGAUGCUGACAGGAUGGUCCCUUAA